AUGGACGAGUCAUCGUUCGAGAAUGAAAAGGCUACUUUGGAAUUUGGUAAAUAUUUAGAACCAAAAAUAGAAUUUAUUGAUGCGGUAAAGGAUGCUUUAAAUUCAAAGGAUGUUAAGAAGUUUAAAAUAAUCCUUGAGGAAUUUGGUCAAUUCAUCUCAACUGAAGUUAUCUUGGGUGGUAAAGCUUUUAUUAAAGGGUUAAAUAUUUCAAAGGAACUUUUUAAGUUAAGUUCUAUUGAAGUUUCAGCGAAUCUAAGUACCGGACCUGCAGUUGCCAAAACAUCAAAUCUUCGAAUGGAAUUUCUGAUUACUCACAACUCAAAAGUUUAA